AUGGAGCUGCUUGUGGCUCAGUUCACCUCCCUGGCUGCACUUCUCCCAGGUGACUGGCCUGUCAGACCUCUAAUCAUGUCUGCCUUGCGCAAGUCUUCCUAAUGAACCCCUCAAAAGACCACACAUUGUGCUCACAACCAAAUUAGCAUAUCUCCUCUUCCUACCUUCAUUUUAUAACAAGUAAAGGUGCUUUUUGUAAUUUUGAGAGAUGAAUCUCAAUGCACAUGGAGACUAUCUUUUCUCCAUAAAAUUGUUGAUCAGUAAAGAUGUUGCUGUUGCGUUACUUCCUCCAAGUCAACAGUAAAAGGCAUGUUUGGUCACACAGAAGGGAAGGGGUUCAAUAAACCAACUGUUUGUUGUGGUGGUUGAGUUACAGGCCUGCUGAAGCGCGUUCUGAUGUCUAACAGCUAUCCUCUCACCUUGUUACCUUGUAUGGGUCAUAUCAGGUCAUGUUCUAGCGUCUAGCUAGCCUCAGCUCUGGCCUUUUUAUUUCCUGAAGAGCAAAAGAGGGUACUCUUACUGGAGUGAACUCUCAAUAACUUCACAAAUCUGCGAAGGCUUUUUCCACGUGCAGGCUUUUGUUACCGAGCCAUCUGCGACAAAGUGCAGCCAACCACCCAUGCAAUGGCGUUAACAUACUGUUUCUAUGCCAAGGUGCGCUGAGAUUGUGAGUAAUUCCACAAUACUGAGGUAUAACACACAUAUAGCGUAGGCUAGGCUACAUGUUCCUCCAUUGAUGAAUUUACAUGUUUCAUUUACUAUCCUAAAUUAAGAUAUAUCAUUAUGUUGCCAUAUCUAUUGCAUGUACAGUGCAUUCGGAAAGUAUAUAGACUCCUUGAUGUUUUCCACAUUUUGUUACGUUACAGCCUUAUUCUAAAAUUGAUUUCCAGACAGUACCGCACAAUGACACAGCAAAAACUGGUUUUGAGAAAUUGAAAUAUUACAUUUACGUAAGUAUUCAGACCCUUUACUCAGUACUUUGUUGAAGCACCUUUGGCAGCUAUUACAGCUUUGUGUCUUCUUGGGUAUGACGCUACAAGCUUGGCACACCUGUAUUUGGGAAGUUUCUCCAAUUCUUCUCGGCAGAUCCUCUCAAGUUCUGUCAGGUUGGAUGGUGAGCGUCUCUGCACAGCUAUUUUCAGGUCUCUCCAGAGAUGCUUGAUCGGGUUCAAGUCCGGGCUCUGGCUGGGCCACUCAAGGACAUUCAGAGACUUGUCCCGAAGCCACUCCUGCCUUGUCUUGGCUGUGUUCUUAGGGUCGUUGUCCUGUUGGAAGGUGAACCUUCGCCCCAGUCUGGGGUCCUGAGCACUCUGGAGCAGGUUUUCAUCAAGGAUCACUCUUUACUUUGCUCUGUUCAUCUUUCCCUCGAUCCUGACUAGUCUCCCAGUCCCUGCCACUGAAAAACAUCCCCACAGCAUGAUGCUGCCACCACCAUGCUUCACCAUAGGAAUGGUGCCAGGCGCGCUGUGCCUUUUACUGAGGAGUGGCUUCUCUCUGGCCACUCUAAGAUAAAGGCCUAAUUGGUGUGCAGAGAUUGAGUGCUGCAGAGAUGGUUGUCCCUCUGGAAGGUUCUCCCAUCUCCACAGAGGAACUCUGGAGCUCUGUCAGUAUGACCAUUGGGUUCUUGGUCACCUCCCUGACCAAGGCCCUUCUCCCCCGAUUGCCCAGUUUGGCCGCGCUGACAUCUCUAGGAAGAGUCUUGGUGGUUCCAAAUGUCUUCCAUUUAAGAAUGAUGGAGGCCACUGUGUUCUUGGGGACCUUCAAUGCUGCAGAAAUGUUUUGGUACCCUUCCCCAGAUCUGUGCCUCGACACAAUCCUGUCUCGGCGCUCUACGGGCAAUUCCUUCGACUUCAUUGCUUGGUUUUUGCUCUGACAUGCACUGUCAACUGUAGGACCUUAUAUAGACAGGUGUGGGCCUUUCCUAAUCAUGUCCAAUCAAUUGAAUUUACCACAGGUGGACUCUAAUCAACUUGUAGAAACGUCUCAAGGAUGAUCAAUGGAAAAAGGAUGCACCUGAGCUCAAUUUCAAGUCUCAUAGCAAAGGGUCUGAAUACUUAUGUAAAUAAGGUAGUUCUGUUUUUUAUUUGUAAUAAUUUGUUAACAUUUCUAAAAACCUGUUAUCACUUUGUCAUUAUGGGUUAUUGUGUGUAGAUUGAUGAGGAAAACAAAUGUAAUCCACUUUAGAAUAAGGCUGUAACGUAACAAUGUGGAAGAAGGGAAGGGGCCUGAAUACUUUCCGAAUGCACUGUAUUACUACUUUUCGUGAUGUGGACAGUAUAUGUUGCUACAUUACACAAGCUGACGGUUUGAUCACAUGGAAUUGGGGGGAAUUACACCCUUUUUACCUCAUAUUGGUAAUUUUAGUGUAAAAGUGUAUAGUCAACACGAUGACACAAGAUCAAUUGCUUAAAACUGAUCAAUAUCUUUUGGUUUUGUACUGUUCCUUUCUCUUUCUGUUUUGGUAAACCCUGUAUCAAAAUAAAACAUUCCAAAAUGUAGCUGACUGUUUUGCAGGUUGUCCUCUAAUCAGUGAUGUAAAAUGAUAUCCAGUUCCCAUGUGGUUUUUGAGUUGUGGUACUUUCAACAGCGCAUAGCUUCUGUGUGUGGUCAGUGUUACAGGCUGUCACUUCCUCCAUCUAUGCAAUGGAAAGCGGCUACACAGCUUUUCUGUUGCAUAGGACUUUGGCGAAACAUCGCUUCAAGUUGUGUUAAACCCCAUCCGCCAUUAAGUGGUUGGUAGCUUAACACCGUCUGUUAUUCUAGUGGUCUUAACAGGGUACAUAACAACUGCUUGUAAUUUCACAUAGGCUACAACAAACUUUUAUAGGUUAAUUGUAGCAAUUUGUUCCCCUCCUGUUGCAAAUUGCUUUCGGCAGUAGAGUAGUAGGCGAUAUAUUACAUCUAAUGAUAUCAAACCUCUGCAUUUGUAGUUUAUUAGUAGCUUCAAGAGAACUGACUGGGUGGGUGUAACCCCCCCCCCCUCUCACUGUCUCUAGACUCUGGUGGAGUAUGCUGGUCGAUGGAGGAUGGAGGAGGACCCACUGCCCCUGGUGGAGGUGUACACCGUGGCUCUGCUGAGCUACGCCCAGGCUUCCCCCUGCCUCUCCUCCCAAUGUGAAAACGUACCCCUCGUACUUGAAAGGCUCUCACUGUAAGUAUGCCCGUCUUAUUGGAGGGGUGUAACGUGCUUGCAAGAUUAGUACCAUUACAUUUUUUAGAUGAACCUCAUUAUACACCCUGCAUGUAGAAUAAAAACAUUGGUUAAAGUAGCUAAUACCAGCUAAUAGUGCUUUUUACUAUUCUUGAUUAUUACAAGUCAGACCUGGCUUUAUUCUUCAGAUGAUCAUGUUUAAAUCACUGCACAAGAUCCAAAGGGUUUAGUCAUCAUGAAAGGAGCUGUUUGGGUUGCCUGAUUUGGUUUCCUGUUGGUUGUACAGGAGCUGUCUGGAGCUGCUGCUCUCCCUGCCAGAACACUUCCCAGAUGCCUUGUGGGAAGAGUUCAAGUCAUCUGUUCAGGUAAAGUGCAAAACUGUCAUGCAGAGGGUGAAAUGUUUCUCUUUUUAUAUUCAGUGAGAUAUCUUGUCAACUACCCUUGUUUUACUUUAGAAUUACUGUAUUCCUGAAUUAGUUACUUUAUUUGUUCAGGGUGUUGUCUUUUAAGAUAAGAUCAUUAUAAUUUUGUCUGUUUAAGAGAUCUACUACUUAAUAUUAUGUGUUGUUUGGUUGCACCAUUUUUAAAUGCAUAAUUGCUUCUAAAAGUACUUUCAGUGAUGACAAUGGUGUCACUGAGUGAAUCCUGUGUUGCAGUCAGCCCAAUCCCAGCUGCAGGAGAAUGGCAUCACACAGCUGUCCCUCCUGUCUACCGUGGCCCAGGAGACUGGCGUGUGGACCAACGGCACCCUGCACAGUCUCCUCUCUAACGAGUCGCCACAAACCGAGAAAGGUGAGCGUUCUUUUAAUAUGCUGCAUCUAAAAUUGCACACUAUUCCAAAUAUAGUGCUCUAAACUAUGUAAAAAGUAGGGUGCGAUUUGGGAUGCGCCCGUCAUUGUUAUUCAAGUCUUGUACAUUUCAACCAGGUAGCUUAGUGGGUAGAGCGUUGUGCCAGUAACCGAAAGGUCGCUGGUUCUAAUCCCCGAGCCGACUAGGUGAAAAAUCUGUCGAUGUGCAAGGCACUUAACCCUAAAUGCUCCUGUAAGUCGCUCUGGAUAAGAGCGUCUGCUAAAUGACUAAAAUGUAAAAUGUAAAUGUAUUAUCUCUGAACCUGAAUAUCCCCAUCAUUCCCUUUAGUUCAUAAGUUCCUUGAACUGGAGGGACCCAUUCUGUUGGAGAUGAGAGUAAAGCACCUUAUCAAGGAGAACCAUCUGGAGAGGGCUGCACUGCUGGCAAAGGCAUGUGCAGAGUAUCCUGAGUUUGAAGGAAAAGGGCACUUUAAGCAGAUGUACCUUGUCUGCUUGUGUGCUGUCUCAGCACAGGAACCACUAAUGGAGGAGGUAAGUUACUUGAGGGAGUCUGUAAAAAAAACAAUGUUUUUCAAUAUUUAACUGUCAGGCCCGUGGUUUCAUUGCACUAUUCAGAAUUGCUUGGUCUUCUCUAUUGUUUUAAAUUUGAUGAAAUUGAGGAUAUCAUCCACAAGAGGGCAGGCCAUUCCAUGGAGAUAUUUAAAUGUUAAUGUCUGUUCAUGGCAGCUUAAAGCUGGAAUCCGUAGCGGUGAAACUGCCACGUCCGUUUGCGAUAUUGCAAGAGCUAAGCCAUUUUGUUGUUCUCAGACAUCAUUGCACGCACGAUACAACAGAGUAUGUACUAUGAUUAUUAAUUUUUUACCAUGAUGCAGGAUGCUCCUCUGCCCCGUUUAAAAAAAGAAAAAAUUACAAAUGUGCCUGGGGCGACCAGUGGCGCUGUUUCACCUUAUGCAGAUCUUAGCUUUAAGGCAGACCUACAAGGAAGCUAUUAAAUACCACAGACAUCUAGUGGACAGUGAAAUAUGUUUUGAAUGCAAUUACUCUUGCUUUUCUACAUAGCUCUCCAACGUGGAUUGCCGCGAUGCACUAGAAAUGAUCUGUAACCUGGAGUCAGAAGGGGAUGAGAGGGGAGCCUUCAGCCUAUGCUCCGCCUUUCUGAAACAACAGCUUCUCCAAGGAGACACUUACUGUGCCUGGUAACAAUGCAACAUUUCAUACAUCAAAGCCCACCUUAUUGAAGGCCUCCUAUCUCUGUGUUUGACAUAUGCAAUGAAUGAAUAUUGUUUUAUUAAUCCUUCCUACUUAAAAUAUAUCUAUUUUUAAAGCAUUGUCUGUACUUUACUGUAAUCUAAUCUCUCUUCUUCAGAUAAAUCUGGGAUUAUAGAAUAUAUCAUGAUUAUUAUUUAUUCCCUCUGCAGGGAGCUGACACUGUUUUGGAGCAAACUGCUGAAGCGGUUAGAGUCAUCUGAAGAGACUUUCCUAGACAGAUGUCAUCAGAUGUCUUUGCUGUCCAAAACAGUCUUCCACAUCCUCUUUCUCAUCAAAGUCAUUCAAUCAGAAGUAAGCUUCAUUCCAGAUACAUAAAUGGUUUUGUUCAAUGUGCAUGCAGACACACAAAAACAUUCACAUUGUAUAUACAGCACUCUACGCCUUCUUGCUAUGUAUUCAUAUUCAAAUGAAGUUAAGUGAGACUCAAAGAAUAUCCCUUUUUGUUUAUUUUACAGGUGGACAAGGUUGGACUGCCAGUAUGCGUUGACAUGUGCAUACGGGCUCUACAGUUGGAAUCAAGUGAUGGCAACACCAAGGCCAACAUUUGCAAAACCAUCUCCUGUUUGCUGCCCACUGAUCUGGAGGUAAAGCGGGCCUGCCAGCUGACGGAGUUCCUCCUGGAACCCACAGUGGACUCCUACUACGCCGUGGAGACACUCUACAAUGAACCAGACCAGAAGCUGGAGGAGGAGAAUCUUCCCGUGCCCAACUCGCUCCGUUGUGAGCUUCUGCUGGUGUUCAAGACCCAGUGGCCUUUUGACCCUGAGUUCUGGGACUGGAAGACACUGAAGCGUCACUGCCUGACCCUUAUGGGCGAGGAGGCCUCCAUUGUGUCCUCUAUUGACUUGCUGAAUGACAAUGAGAGCCCAGAGGCAUCUGAGGAGGAGGACACAGCCCAGGGUGAGGAAGGGUUCAGAGACGUCACGGACUGCUUUAUUGACACCACACAUGAACUGAAUGAAAUAGUUGAUAAAAGACAGAAAAUCCGAGAGACAAAGAAACUGAGAGAGAAAGGGUUCAUCUCGGCCAGGUUUAGAAACUGGCAGGCAUAUAUGCAGUACUGUGUUCUGUGUGACAAGGAGUUUCUGGGUCACAGGAUUGUACGUCAUGCACAGACUCACUACAAAGAUGGACUUUAUAGCUGCCCGAUAUGCGCUGAGACCUUCACCUCAAAAGACACAUUGGAACCACACGUGGCAUCACACGUAAAGCUAUCAUGCAAGGAAAGACUAGCUGCAAUUAAAACAAAUAAAAAAUUGGCUAAUCCCAAAACGGCUGCUCCUGUUAUCGCGGCUCUGAAAGCGAAAACUGAAAAUCUACUUUGGACAAAAGAUGCAAAUGGCGAAUCCCAAGAACACAAUGGGCAGUCGCUUCAGACAGAAACAGUUCAGACCAAAGUCUCUGGACUUAAGACAGAAAGCAGCACUGAGGAAAACACAUGCCCUAUUGCAAACUGCAAAAAGGGAUUCAAGUAUUUCCGAAAUCUUCUUGUCCAUGUGAAAGCACAUGGAGAAAACGAUGAAGCAAAGCGCUUCCUUGAAAUGCAGCGUAAAAAGGUGAUUUGUCAGUAUUGUCGUCGCCAGUUUGUUAACGUCACCCACCUUAAUGAUCAUUUGCAAGUGCACUGUGGUGUCAGACCUUACAUUUGCAUACAGUUGAACUGCAAGGCCAGCUUUCUAUCCAACACGGAGCUGCUUGUACACAGGAAAGAACAUGUCAUAUUUAAAGCCAGAUGCAUGUUUCCUAGAUGUGGAAAGAUUUUCAAUGAAGCCUACAAGCUUUACGACCAUGAGGCACAGCAUUACAAAACGUUCACCUGCAAAGUCCCUAACUGUGGUAAAGUGUUCCAUUCUCAGUCACAGUUGGAUCUCCACCAAGAGGAACAUGUCACAAAAGAGGAGGAAUACCCAGCUACAGACUCUGACCUUUCUCAUUCUCUGGACCAGAGGAUUCUCUCUGAUCAGGCUUCCUUCUCAGAGGAGGUUGAGGCUUCUCAUCCACCAGCAUCUGUUGCGGUGAAGCACUCGAUUGAGAACCUGCUGAACGCUUCUCAAGGUCCUGUUCAAAAUGAUCGACGAUACAUGAUUAAAAGUCAGCCACAAGAAAAAGACCUUUACCCAUGUUCAGAAAGUUCUGUGAUUCGGUCUAUCACAAAUGCACAAACGCAUGACCCAAAUCAACUGAGACAUAGACCCCAAGACCCCUCAAUGGCUGCUGGAUAUGACUAUAUGAGACCCAAAUCACAGCCACAUAAUCCAUUAGCUGGGGAUUUGCACAAUGCCUUACAGCCAAAUGUGUUACAAGAUCAGGACCAGGGUUUGCUGAAAGGUGGAAGUUAUGGAUCCAGGAACUACAAUUCUGACUACAGAGUACCAGUGCAAGCACAACAACAACAGCAUCCACACAUGUCUGUUAACAACAUGUCAGCAGCAAGCCAGACCUCCCAUUACAUGUCAACUCCAAUGCCUCAAACUCUCCCAUAUGCAUCUCCUACACUUCUUCCACUAGUCACUCGUUUGCCAGCCACUGGUUGCAGAACAGAUAAUUCAUUAACACAGUGCCUAUUACCAAGCACUCCUGCCCCACAGCAGAGCCCAUUACCAAGCACUCCUGCCCCACAGCAAAUCCCAUUACCAACGGCUCUUGCCCCACCCCAAGGACAGAAAGAGAGACACCACUGUGCUUUGGAGACAUGCGAUCGCAACUACAGCUCCUACAAAAGUGUUAACAAGCACAUGAAAGCAGUUCACCCUGAGUUUUAUACUGAAUGGAAACUUGCGAAAAAGAAAAUCAGGGAUCAAGAAAAAGCUGAAAAGGCCAGGAAAGCUGCCCCAUCAAGUGUGCCUCUGAUUGGGAACCAUAACUAUGUUGCUCCACUACAACAUCAACAGGCUAAUGGUGCCCCAGUUCAGAGGCAGAAUGUCAUUCAGCCACCCCCGUACCCAAACUCACACCACUCCUAUGCUUCCCAUUCAGCUGCUGUCCAAAGCCAGGCUUUUCCCAACCAAAUGGACAAUAUCUUAGAUCCAAUUGUACUCUCCCAGCUAGGAAACAACCACAAUCAAUAUGCACCUCCUAGUAUGCCAUGGCUACAAACACCAGGAAACAACCAAAUCCAGAAUUGUUAUGCCUCCCAAGUAUACCCUUCAAACAUUCAAGGGAUGCCACAAAUGGAUGCUGUUGGUGGAGGAAUGGAUGUUUAUGUUAUUCCAUCCCGUCAUAUGAUGGGAUCUAAUAUGGAAAGAGCAGCAGAGUCACUGCUACCAUCACCUAUGGAUAAUGGUCUUCAGCCUGUUUUCCCCUCUUACAUGGACAUUCUGAAAGACUCAAGUCUUUCAAAUCAGCUGGGAAAUUCUGCACCUUCCUACACACCACAGACUCAAAAUAAUCCAGGUUCUAAAAGUAGAGGAUUGCAGCAAACCAACAUGGAAUCCCACUUUGCCCCUGCAGGAAACUUGCUAGCAAAAAGCAAAAGUGAAUCUCAAGAUGGCACGAUAAACUCUGGAGAUGCAAAAAAUCAAAUGGGCAAAAAAGUCAAGCGUAACAAAAGAACAAAGUGGCCUGCAAUUGUUAAAGAUGGAAAAUUCAUUUGCUCAAGGUGUGGUAGAGAAUUUACAAAUCCCAAAUCACUUGGAGGCCAUUUAUCCAAGCGUGCACACUGCAAAGCUUUUGAUGAGACGGAACUCCUGACAGCAGACUUGCCUUCAUCCUUUCUUGAUCUUCUGAAUUCAGAGCAACUUCUCAAUACUCAGCCCCCACCAUCUUCACUGUAUAACCCUACUGCACCAUUUGCAAAUGACGGCGAACAACCUGAUGAGAUUCUUAAACAAAUUAUGGAUACUCCAAAUAUUCCCUCAGCAAUUCCCCAGCCAACAUUCCAAAAUGCGUGUGGCCCCUACGGACCUGGUGGACGCUUGCCAGAAAGUACAGUUAUACAGCACACAGGAAAUAUCCAAAUGAAGCGUGAAAAUGAGUCUUAUAGAGAUGGUUAUCUUCCGCGGUCAUGUGACCCUGGGUUUGGAAGCAGUGCAUUCUCUGAUCCACUUCUCUUUCAGAUGCUUGCAGAAAACAACCCUACGGUAUCACUUCACAGACUUCCCACAGACCAUAUUGAUCAUUUACUCAGAUCAGAAACACUAAUGAAGAUGAAAGAAGUAAAGGGAACUUCUGAUUCUGUCUCCAAUUCAGGAGGGCUGUCUAAUGAUGGACUUCUGGCUGCAAUGGCUAGUUUGGCACAAAAUGUUAUGUCAAACCCCAUGUUGCAGAUCACUUCUCCAGACCCUCAGCCUCAACACAGUCCAGCAACAACAAGUAGCAAACUGGCAGAGACACAGAGGAAGAGUACGGAACAGAAUGUCAAGAAAAGAUUGCGUGAACAGAUUUUAGCUGGAGACUUCCAAAGAAGAAGCAGUUUAUCUCAGACAAGCAGCACUGACACAAAUGACAGUUUGAGUCCGGUGUCAACCAAUCCAGCAACCAAUGUUGUACAACAUUUUGGAGUUCAUCAAAGUCCUCAGCCUUCCAAGACGAUUGAUCACGGAAUCCCCUCUGUAUCCUCUGCCCAAAUGAACGGAGCCGCAACCAUGCAGAGUUUCACUCAUUUCAGAGAGGCUUCCUCUCAACACCAUGAGGCACCUGCACCUACCAGCAUUGUUGCAAAUGAUGUUGAUAUUGGUCCCAAUCUAACACCUGUAAACCAACAGCACUGGAUGGUGGACAUUCAGACUGCAUUAGAGAGGCUAGACUUAGACAAACAGGUCUGUGAUCUUGCUCCAACGUAUUCCUCCACAAAACCUAGCUGCACAGAUAUUUGCAAUGAUACUGAAUCAUUCGGGCCUAAUGUCUCAAUAGAGAAGGACACACAGAUUCCUGAUGGCUGUAUGAAGCCAUUUGCCUGUGAGAGUGACAACUGCACUUACAGGUCCAUGACAAAAGGUGCCAUUUUAAAACACCUCACCAAGACUCACAAUUACACCAAUGAGAUGAUCAAUUCGAUUAAGAAAGACCAUGGGAAAUUUGCCCCGUUCUCUUGUCAAAUGUGUGAUAAGACUUUUACGCGAAAUUCAAACCUUAGGGCACACUGUCAGACAGCUCACAGAUUAACACAGCAGGAGAUUGCUCAACUAAAAAAGUGCCAGUCAAGCAACACGGUUGGAUUUGUUAAUAAUGACAAUAAACCAAGUGUGCAUUCAGAGCCUCCUUUGUCUGGACAGAUGGUCACAGCUCCCCACACAAUAACAGAUAAUAUUACACAUCAAUAUUCACUCCCGGAUGUUAACCAAAAUCAAGAUGUGACUGGAAACAACUUGUUUGCUUCAGGAGAAAAGACAAAGCAAGAAUACCACUCACAGCCUUUAGAACAGCAGACUUCUCGAGGCAUGGCUAACUUGAGAUUUCAUAAUAACAGCCUCUCCAUGGGAAUGCAGCCAAUGCAAAGGAUACCCAUGCAUGAUCAGACAUUGACUCCAUUAAUGCCAAUGUCUGAAUAUCAAAUGAAUGCACACUGCUCAACAAUACCCCAACUUCCCUUAAUGACUGCUCCUGAUACAGAUCAAUGGUCAAACGGACAACACAUACCAGUUCCUUGUAGGCCUAGUCAUUACAGUCAACAAUCUGGAGGCUAUCUGACAGAAAGAGCUGCUUCAAUGACACCGGCUCCAUCAGAUUCCCCUUCAGGUUUGUGGUCCCUCGCUAGAAAAAUCCCCCAAAAUCAAGCAGCAGAGAGGACCAAAGCCUAAAGUUGAAAUUCCCAAGAAGACGAAAGAGAAGAAGUCUGAGGCAAAUAAUGCUUUCAGUCCAUACAGGCCAUAUCGCUGUGUUCAUCAAGGGUGUGCUGCAGCCUUUACCAUUCAGCAUAAUUUAAUCCUCCAUUACAGGGCUGUGCAUCAGUCUGAUCUGUCCACAUGUGAGAUGAAAAAUGAGAAUGAUCAAAAUGAUGAACAGGAUGAGAAAAAGGACAUCAAGCAGGAGGGGGUUAUGGAAGAAGAACCAGAGGGUGAAGUCACCCAGGUAACGGAAUUCAGAUGUCAAGUGAGCGACUGCUCAAGAGUAUUCCAAGAUGUCCCGAACCUGUUACAGCAUUACCUCCAGCUUCACAAGUUCAGCCUGGAUAAAGCAGGAUCUCUAAUGUCCAACAUCAACCUAGGCAGAUUCUGUUGUGAUCAGCAAGGGUGCACGGCGUCAUUCACUGCUUUCUGGAAGUACAUAGGACAUGUUGAAAAAGAACAUGACAAGGCAAAACUAUCCAAAAUGGAAUCUGUGGAUGGGAUGUUCCAGUGUGAUGUUGAUGGCUGUGACCACGCUUAUGCUACAAAGUCAAACCUGCUGAGGCACACCAUGAAAAAGCAUAAUGACCUUUACAAACUCCAACUGAUGAACCAACAGAAAAGUGAAGAUCUUGGCAAACCCAGCUCCAAGAAUUCCCUUUACCAACUGACUAAAUCAAGUGAUGGGAAAGAAAACCGAGAGAGCAACAAAAAGAUUACACAAAAGGGAGGUGACAAAAAGAAAACAACUGAGAAGACGGAAAAAGGUCAUUGGACUAAAUAUGGAAAACCUUCCUUGAAAACUAAGGAUGAAGCGUCUGCAAUGUGCAUAAAGAAGACCACUUUGCAAUACCCUUGCAUGAUAAAGGGCUGUGAUUCAGUGAUGAAGUCCGAACGGAGCAUCAUGAAGCACUACAUGGGGCACGGACUGUCCGAGCGAUACUUAGAAGAGCAGAGAAGCCACUUCAUAUUCUGCAAGAAAUACCCCAGACGUAGGAACCCCCGGUCUGCCAGGAGCGAUGACUCCAAGUCUGAGACGACCUCCGAGAUAUCCGACAGUGAGGACACAGCAGACACGGGCCUAGAAGGAAGUGAGUAUGAUGAGUAUUCAAAACCUGCCUUACGGAGAAGGGGAAAGGGCGGACUGUCUGACACCAAACCUUCGUACGAUGAAACUUCAGAAACUAUAUCUGAUGGCUCUGUGGUGGUGAAACGCAAACGAGGGCGGCCACGGAAAAGUAAUUUAGAAAAAAUUGUCAAACGCAAGAGGGUGUCCAGACUGACCAGGAGUAAUGCAGUUAACUGUGGAGAAAAUGGAUCAGACUACGACUCCUCUAGCACUGCCCUUACCCAGGAUGAAAUGAACGAUCAAAAUGAAACAUUGACCUCCUUUAAGCCCAUGGGAUUCGAGAUGUCUUUCUUAAAGUUCUUGGAGCAAUCAAACCCACCUAAAAAUUCUCUAAAGAAGAGGAUUCGACUAAGAAAUGCUACAGUGUUGUGCAAAAGGUCAGAUGCAUAUUUGCAUUACCCAAAAGGCUUUGAUACCCUUGUGUUCAGGAACCCUCAGAAGCUGACGUCACUUAACAAUGUGAAAAUUGUUGUAGACAAAGCCUUUUCAGACGUUGCUGAUAUUCUGUUAAAGCAGCUCCAGGAAAUGCGACCCACAGUGAUAUUAGAAAAAUAG